AUGAGGGUCGUGUUCGCUUCAGCAUGGCUCGCGUUUCUCAGCACUGUUUUCUUGACGGCCUUUGUCAGCCCAGAGCCGGUUUCAGCGUUCGUCACAACCAAUCCUGCAAGGAACACCUUCCGUGAACUCAAAGACACAGCGCAAGAUGGAAUGAACGAUGUUGUGAUUGACCCCGGUCUACGACUUGAUGACUCCGAAACGCUCAGUCAAUUCUGGAAAGACGCACUGUCGCUUGGUCAGCGCGGCCAGGAUUACGCAGAUUCCCUGAUUUACGACGUUGCCCACAAGGCGGAUCCGACUACUGCCGUGCGACUUCACGGCAUCCAAAACACCCUGCAAGCCAUAAUCCAUGGCACGGAAGACCUGAAAGCGCUGAUCGUCACACAAGUCCACGACGAAUCGUUUGACGAUUUCCAGCGUGGUAUAGAGAACAUCCUGGCGAACAUCUUGGAGGAGUUGAAAGACCGGUUCCCUCCGCCUUAUCAUGCCCCGAACCACGCAGAGCGGGAGGGCAAUGUGACACUGGUCGUCAACAUCACAGAGGAGGCCCUAAUCAAGUUUGGCGUGGAACAUGGGAUGUCGGAGGAGGAAUUCAGGGUGCGCCUUGACCCGAUUAUGAAGAACGUCGAAGAGGUCAUCGUUGCCAUCGGUGAUUUGGCGGAACAACACCCGUACUUGCUCGAGACCUUGCUCGUCUCUGGUGUCAUGCUUAUCAUCCCUGAAUCCUGGUUCCUUCGCCCGUUGCUCCGACUGUUCGGGAUGUCCCCGAAGGUCCCGUCCAAGCGCACGUUCUUUGGCGGAACUAUCCCGAAGGGGAGUUGGUUCUCGUAUCUGCAACGCGCAGCUAUGGGUCACUGGGCGCGGAAAUCGAUCAAGAAGACCAUCCUCGGUUCUAUCUUGGGUGGCAUUGGGCUCAUUGGCGCCAUAUUCGCCAGCUGUGGCUGUGUCUGA